AUGGAUAAAUCCAAAAACUUUAUUCCAAAUUCUGAUGAGACCCUGAAAGGUGUCCACACCGAAGUUUCGGACUUCUUGUCUUCAGACGAGGAGUCCAUGAAAUCGAGAACAAAUGUGAAGAAAUCCAAAGUGAUUUUUUCACAAAAUUGGCCAAAAUUUCUCGUCAUUGGUUCCACUGAUGAUGGGGCCUUGACUAAACUUUCUCCUUUUGCCAUUCAAAAGGCAAUUAUUGGCUUGGCUGGUGAGCCAGAAUCUGUCAAGAAAAUAAAGAAUGGGUUGCUGGCUGAGUGUUUAACCGUUAAACACUCAGCCUGCCUUCUCAAAUCAACAGUUUUUUGCAGUGUUGCGAUUAAGGUAACUGCUCAUACCUCCCUCAAUUCCUCAAAGGGAGUGAUCAGAAGCAGAGAUCUGGAAGGAGUCAGUGAGGAAGAAAUAUGUCAAAAUCUUAGCUCACAUGGUUUUACUGCCGUGAGGAGGAUAAAGGUUCGUCGCAACAAUGACUUGUUACCGACGAAUACUUGCAUCCUCACAUUUAAUAUCCCUACCCUUCCCCAAUAUGUCAAAGCUGGUUACCUUAAUAUUCCUGUUGAACCUUUCAUUCCAAAUCCCUUACGUUGUUUCAAAUGCCAGAGGUUUGGACAUGGACAGAACACAUGUCGUGGUAAACUUACAUGUGCUCGUUGUGGUCUUUUUGACCAUGACAGAAAAACAUGUAAAAACUAUGCCAUUUGUCUUAACUGCAAGGGAAACCACUGUGCAUACUCACGCGAGUGUCCAUGGUGGCAGCUGGAGAAACAGGUUCAACAGGUAAAAGUACAAAAGAAACUAUCCUUCAUUGAUGCCAGGAGGUUGGUGGAGACGGCAACACCUACUGUGGCUGACAAGUCUUAUACAGCUGCAGCUUCUGCCAAAGUCGCCACUAAAAGUGUUGCAGUCAAUACAGAUCUAACCUGGCAUUGUGAUGAAGCCAAGUACAAAAAGCUGUCUGAUAUUGAGAAGACUUAA